GGACAGAUUGGAGGCGUGUUGCUGUCGUAAUGAGGGGGAGCAUGCCUGCACCGUGGUGGAAAAGCUCCGAGUGGUAAGGCUGUCUCCGCUACAUGCGCGCUGCCUUCUAUUUCCCCAGCCUCUCUUUCUACUUUAUUGUGCGUAAUAGCAAUUUCCUCUGCAGUAGACUACUGUGCAAGGCUCGGUGCAACAAGUUUGCAGGAGCCAGAACACGCCGUCAGACAGGUUGACUUGAUUUGGCUGGAGCGGAACUGUCUGUCGCUGUCACCACAAAGUCACUGUACGUGAACGCCGCGUCUCACACGCACUCACUCACUCACUCACUCAGAACAGUGUGCCAUAAAUUCGUGACUCGGCGCCAGAUGCAGUUUGCUUCCAACAGCGCGUGUAGUUGUAGUUAAAUGGAGAUCGCGGAGGCAAGAGGAGCAUCCAAGUGCUUGGAGAAAAUGGAGAAAGAAGCGGCUCCUCGGAAGCGACAGUAUUGGCGCACAACAGUGCUGAACAUAAUCUCGUCUGUAUGUUCAGUGGCGUCCAUCGCCUUUUGUAUUUUUCUGAGCAUGAACACGGCUGAUAUUAAGAACCGGGUUGUGGAUUUGGAGAGUGGGAACGGCGAGCACACCUUUAUCCGUGCCCCUGGCUACUCCAUGGAUGAUUUUAAUUCACUGAUUGAACAAAGAGUGGAUGAGCUGCUCUCUCAGCGCUCCUACGAACAUUUUGUCAAGAUUCGCACUGCAAGAGAAGCGUCACCUGAAUGCAACUGCCCGCCAGGUAAAUGAAAAGUACUUUCUCCAGUGCACUCUGGACAUGUGGGUGUCUGUCGGUGUGACACUGGAUUUGAAGCCUGUUUGAAUAAGACCACCGUUGAUACAGGAAUAGAUGGAAGCUUUCGUAACCCCGGCCUUUUAGUUUAUUUCAUUGAAACCGUUUGCACAUGACAGUUUGCCUGGAUAGUAGUGUUGAUGGUUUGGGGAGGUCCUGCUGUGAAGGAUGCAGACAGCUGACUGGCCCUUUAACAG